AUGAGCGUUUAUGUUGUCAUACCAAGGCCUGUGUUCCAGCAGGAAAGGGGCCGUUGGGGAGAGUACCAAGACUCACGGGACCAUGCCAUGGCUAAGGGUGACAACGACCGCGGACAUCUUAGUCGACUUAAACUAAUAUCACAAUCGGAGCCGUCAUCCGUCCUUGGAGUCCCAUUCUUGUCAACGGUCGAAGAUCAUCGCGAGCGGCCAGAGAAUUCUGUUCUGCAGUUGGUAGCUCUCCGCUCAAGUUUCCGGUGCACAAAAGCGAGAUUCUUCCGGCAACAGGUCAUGCUCUGCGUUCACUUCGGAAUGUCGCGUCACCUUCUGCCAGGGGAGGAGUCGAUGUAUGAGAAUUUGAGCGGAAAGAUAGAAUCGGAGAGUGAGAAGGAGGAGAAGCGAGGCCAGGAGCUGAAUGUGCGGGUGGUCUGA